AUGCCAGUCACCCGCUUGGCCGAGAUGGCGAUGCAGGCUCGGCUGCAAGGGCUGAGGCGCUUUGCGGCGCCGGCGAGGCCCGCGAAGGCGGCCAAGGCAGCGCCUAGGCGCAUGGGGAGUACACCAACAAGUGGUGCGCUGCUGGUGAGGUGGCCCUUCCUCCGCCUUCGCGCGCUGUCCGCGGAGCUGCAGACGUUUUUGGCCGGCGAAGGCGGCGAGUUGUGGGUCACCGGCAGCCCAGGUAGUGGCGCCUCCACUGCCAUCCUCUCGGUGCUGCCGAAUCACCCGGCAGUGGUUCUGGAUGCGGAGAAGGGCGAGCAGCAAAUGCAGGACACCUUCCGACGCCAGCUGGCAGAACAGCUCGGAGACAGGGAGGAGCUGGCUGAGGAGUGCAUCGCGGCAGUCUUGGAAGAGCAUCCCCAGGCGGGGGAGGCUCUGGUGGCCACCGUGGAGAGGGCGGCGCGGCUGGGGCUGCCAGCAGCUCUGCCUGCGGGGACGGAGGUGCCAGCUUGCCGAGAACUGGCGCAGAAGCACCGAACCCAGCCGCAGAGGCUUUGCAGCAGCGCCUGCGGGGUACUGCUGCAGCAGCAGCGGUUGCAACUGCAGCCGGCCAGCCGCCUGCACGUCGCGUUGGCGCUGCUCAGCGAGGCUGGUCGUCGCGAGGGAGGCGUGGCGGGCGCUUUGGACUUCCUCCUCGCCGCGGCGAAGAGGUCGAGGCUGACGCUGGUGCUGCUGCGGGCACAGCUGGCGCCGCGCUUUUUGCAGCGGGCCACCGAAACACGCGCCGGAGGCUCCCUGCGCCUUCUGGCCCAGAGCUACGACGGCCUCGCGGCGCUGCGCGCGCGCGAGUCUGGGGUGCCGGUGCUCACCGCAGAGGAGUGGUCGGAGGAGAUGGCGCGCGCCAUCUUCCAGCCCCGCUUCAUCCCCGAGGAGGACCAACGGGACUGGCGGGCUGUGUGGGCUGCAGUGGGCGGACACCCGGCACACCUUCGGCAGCUGGCAGAGCUGCUGGUGGAGGAGCGGAAGCAGCUGGAUGAACGGCGGCGCCAGGAGGAGCUCGAGGAGGUUCGCCAGGAGAGGCAGAGGGAGGAGAACCAGCCCAUGAGGAGCCCCGAUGCGGAGUACCACCUGCAGAUCGCCAAGCAGCAGCUCAAGGACGACAGCUUCCGCGCCGACGCCCGCGUGGCCCAGGGUGCAGUGGAGCAGCUUCUGUCGCGCCUGCCGGAGCUGUUGGAGCCAGAGCUGCAGCGCCUGGAGAGGGAUCUGCAGCGCUUCGCACAUCACCCAACACUCCGAGGAGUCCUGCCGGAGCGCCCCGCCGCAGCGGCCGCCCACUUGGGCAGCCGCUUGCAGGUAAAUGCGCUGCCGCUGCCAGGCUCCAUGGAUGAGAUGGAUCCCUUUGUCCUGGCCAUGCUUGAGACUGGGCUGUUGAUUCCCAAGUUUCAGUCCCAGCAGCUUGUGGUGCCCAACCAGUUGACGCGGCAAGUGCUGGCUGCGUGGGCGGGCGCCCACUGCAACUCCUUGCCCUUCGGGCAGUGGCUCGAGUGCCAGAUGCGCUUAUGGCGCAUGGUGCAGGAAUCUCUGGAUGUUGCAGAGCUGCCCUCCAGCCUGCGCCAGCGAAUGCUACAACUUCUUGGCAGCGAGAAGAUCGGCUUCUGGUCGCUGGUGGAUCAGCUCGUCCACAUGGAACGAUGUUGGGGUGUCCAGGACUUGGCCGGCUGA